GGCCUCUCUCUCCUAGUUGUGGGGAGCUGCAGGCCAGACAGUUUCAGCAGGCCAGUGCACAAACGUGCAGAAGGGGAAGGGGAGGAGCAACGUCCCUCACUGCUGAACAGAAGCAACUCUUUACAUCAGGACUUCCUGAUAUAGUGUGGACAGUACACAGCUUCUCAUUAGCGGCGAGCUGGAGUUAGGAAGUAGCCGGAACCUUUCGCUGGGACAGCGGCUGAGCUUGAGCCCAUGACUUGUAGGGGAGCACAUUGAUGGAACCCAAGGGGCCUGAGCCAACCAGACGAGCGAUGGAGUCGAUGCCCAAUGGGGUGCCUGUGCCCAGACACAAGAUGUCCACCUUUGCAUCACCGCUGAGAGCGGCCUGCCGUAUCCGCCACAAGUACCUGUUGAUGAAGAGGCGGAGGGUCAGCACAGAGCAGCGGGAGCCCAGCGAUGGGGAGAAGCCGGGGGUCAAGGGGCAGGAGUGCCUGGGUCGCGGGGUCAGGAGCAGGGGCAAGCCACCAGAGCACUUCACCUUCGACAAGGUCACCGUCAGGGCCACCAGGAAGCGGCGCUCACAUAAGAAACGCAAAGUGCUCUACCCAAACGACAGCCGGAAGUACCUUCCCGAGGAGAAGAAAAGCAAGGCCAAACACUGCCUCUUCUUGCUGAGUGUUAUUGUGUUCUUUCAGAUAUACAACGCCAUCGAGAACCUGGAUGACAACGUGCUAAAGUAUGACUUGGCAGGGCUGGAGAAGACACUUAAGAGGGAGGUGUUUGGGCAGGCGGUUGCCGUUGACGGAGUGAUGGAUCUGCUGAAUGACUACCUGUCUACUCACAGUCACAACAAACCACUGGUGCUCUCUGUCAAUGGGCCCAUCGGGGUGGGCAAGAGCCUGCUGGGCAGACUGUUGGCCAAACACUUCCGUUCAGUGCUGGGUGACGAGCUGGUGUACCAGUACUUUGUGCUGCAUCACUGCCCGACCGACGACAACGUGACCAGCUGUCAGCAGGAGCUGCAGGUGGUCAUCUCGGAGAUAGUCAGCCGUGCCGAGAAUGAGGAGAAGAUCCCGAUGCUCAUCUUCGACGAGGUGGAGUUGAUGCAGCCCGCCCUCCUGGACUUCCUGCACAACUUCCUCCAGCCCAACCAGACCAACGAGUUCCUCAAUGCGGUGUACAUAUUGAUCAGCAACCACGGGCAGGCCGAGAUAACCAAGUUUGUUCUCCACAACGCUUCUAGUGGCGUGACCCAGCAGCCAGCAAAGUCUGAAGAGCUUCUCUUCACCGUGCAGUCUUCACUGGUACACAUCCACCCACUGUGGAACCAUGCCGACAUUGUGCCCUUCACCCUGCUCCAGAGACACCACAUCCUGGAGUGCUUCUUAGAAAAGAUGAUGGCAGAAGGAUUCUACCCAGACUCGGCCCAUCUGGACAAGCUGUCCGGCGAGCUGAAUUACUACUCUGUUGGCGAGCACCAGUACUCUGUCCAUGGCUGCAAGCACGUAGACUCCAAAAUGAACCUCUUGCAUUGAUGACGGAGGCUGACUCUCAGCAACACAAUGACAGGAAAGGCUUUGGGACAUUCAUCGUGCUCUCUCUGCUUGCCCCUGCCCCUAGGUUUACUAAUGGAAUGGCACAGGGCAGGUGUGUUGGACAAUCAUUCGCUGACUAACUCUAACCGCACCACGCUACAUACACCGAGUAACUUUGUCCAAAAAGACAAUUCAUGACGCUUCUGUCUACUGUUCACUUUCUGUCAAGGAAAAUAUAUGUUGUUGCUAAAAUGAAGUAACCAUUUCAAAAGCAAA